AUGGAGAUCUCCCGCUUGCUCAUUGUUGUCGCUAUUUAUCUCGUCUUCCGGUACUUCGUCCGCAGCCGCUCCUCCGACUCCUCCGCAACCAUGUCCCACGGCAAAGUCAUCCAGGUCGACAACCCCGUCAUCUUCAAAGCCCUCGUUUCAUCCGGUCCCGUCGUCGUCGAUUUCUUCGCUACGUGGUGCGGUCCCUGCAAAGCCGUCGCUCCGGUCAUCGGAAAGUUCAGCGAAACAUACACCGGCGUCAAGUUCCUCCAGGUUGAUGUCGACAAGGCUCGCUCGAUAGCUCAGGAGCACCAGAUCCGGGCUAUGCCCACGUUUGUGCUAUAUAAGGAUGGCAAGUUGUUGGACAAGCGGGUUGUUGGCGGUAAUAUGAAGGAGUUGGAGGAGGGAAUUAAGAGCAUCAGUGCGUGA